AUGCCAGCAUCACAGUGGAGUGAAAGGUGUCUCAUCCUGGGCCUUGGGGUGGUGGCGGUGCUGCUGUCUGGGGUGGAUCCCAGACCCGCUACAUCUCGCCUGCACCUGGAGGCCAUCAAGCAGAGCCUCUUGGAGCGGCUCGGGCUGGAAAGGCCUCCGGUCGUCUGGCAGGCUCUGGAUCGAGACGGGCUCCGGAGGGCACAUCACGUCUAUCACGAGAUGCUGUCUCAGCUCAGAGCGAACCAGAGUGCAGCUGAGCCAGAAACCGCCGUUCAUCUCCUAAGGGCAAAAUUGAAACUUGUCCCAGAAGGUCCACCAGGACGUUUGGAGGUGGCCAGUGACUUCCACGGGCCCUUCUACAGCCUAGAACUCUCCAGGACAGCGUCGCUCCACCAGAACCUCCUCGUUCUAAGGGCUGAGCUGCGGCUCUUCAAGGAGGCCCUCUACCUUCCUGCCAUCUCCAGAUCCAACUCUACCUGGCCCUUGCAUGUCAACAUCUACAAACUGGCGGAUGGGGAUGGAGGGACCCCCAAACUUCUGGGGUCCCAGGUCCUCUCAAGAACCUCACAGACCCUUGACCUCAGAGAUGCUGUGGAUCACUGGAUGGCAAACACAGAGCAAAGACUUCUUCUGGGACUGGAGUUCUUAGCUGACGCGACCACCUUGUUGGCCACCACAGAAGGAGCUGAGACGCUGACGCUGGAGGUGGCGACGCAGGAGCGUGUGCGGGUGAGGAAGCCGCGGCAGCUGGAUGAGGAGUGCGGAAAGGGCGAGGGGAAGUGUUGCCUCCGGUCCCUGAAGGUCUCCUUCGAGGCCAUUGGGUGGUCUGACUGGGUGGUGGCCCCCAGCAGCUACUCCAUGAAGUUCUGCAAAGGUUCUUGCCCCCACAACUACAAGCCGGCCAGCAUCCACGCCCAGAUUAAGUCGCGGCUCCACAGGCUCUCUGGGGAGACCCCAGCACCGUGCUGUGUCCCAGCUGGCUACGAGCCAAUGGUGAUCAUGCAUUAUGGCAGUGAGGGGAAAUUGGUCACCCAGGUGUUCCCUGACAUGAUUGUCACACGUUGCCACUGCGCAUGA